GCUUCUUUCAACAGCAGCAACAGUCAGUCAGCCACCUCGAUAGCUUGCUAGCCAAUAUAGACGAACCAAUAAAGCUCUGUAGACGCUUUAGUGUAUAUUAGCCACUGUGUUAUAAACACACUUCUGUCGUCUUGUUCGUUAUCCAAUUUAUUAGAAUUUUUACGUUGUUAUUAGUCAGCUAGCUAGCUUGUUAAGUUAGCACUAGCCUAGCUAGCUAGCAUUCCCGACCAUGAAAGAGGUCGUAAAAGAGGAGGAGGAAGAGGAGACUGUUACAAUACAAAAACAAGCAGAUGGUGAAGCUGUUACUGUAAAAGAAGAAGAGAUAGACGUUACAGUGAAAGAAGAGGGAGACACGUUCAGAGUGAAAGAGGAGAAGGAUGUUACAGUAAAAGAAGAGGAGGAAGAGGAGGGUGUUACUGUUAAAGAAGAGGAGGAAGAGGAGGGUGUUACUGUUAAAGAAGAAGGGAGAGACGUGACGGUGAAAGAAGAGGAAGACGUUACUGUAAAAGAAGAGGAGGAAGAGAACGUUUUUGGAGUGAAAGGGGAGGAGGGGGAGAUGACUGUCACAUCGAAAAAGGAGGAGGAAGAAGAAGAGGAGGAAACUGGAUAUCUGGGGCCGGUUUCACAAAGUCAUCUUAAGGCAUCCAAUGGUGCUAAUGAUGAAUUUAGCCGUAAAAUGGUUUUGAAAAGCCGUGCCCUGAUUAACACUAGAGAGAGACGUGACUAUCGUGGAUCCUCUGGGGAGCCUCAACUACAUCAUGAAGCUGACGAGGCAGAGAAGAGACUCUCCACAUCAGAACUCCUCAAGAAACACCAGCGGAAACCCACAGGGAAGAAAUCUCACCACUGCUCUGACUGUGGGAAGAGUUACUCAAGAUCAGAUUCACUUAAAGUACACCAGAGAAUUCACACAGGCGAUACAGCUCACUGCUCUGACUGUGGGAAGAGAUUCACCUCUUCAGCAGACCUAAAAAGACAUGAGAGAAUCCAUACAGGAGAGAAACCUUAUAGCUGUGAUCAAUGUGGGAAGAGAUUUACUCUCUCAAGCUGCCUGAAGAUACAUCAGAGAACACACACUGGAGAGAAACCUUAUAGCUGUGAUCAAUGUGAGAAGAGAUUUGUUACAUCUAGCCGUCUGACUAUACACCAGAGAACACACACAGGAGAGAAACCUUAUAGCUGUGAUCAAUGUGGGAAAGGUUUUAACGUUCGAAGCGGCCUGAAAACACACCAGACAACACACACAGGGGAGAAAUCUUUUAGCUGCUCCGACUGUGGGAAGACCUUUUCAAAAUUAUAUACAUUACAAUUACACCAGACAAUUCACACUGGGGAGAAACUUUAUAGCUGUAAUCAAUGUAGGAAGAGUUUUAAUCACUCAAGCUUGCUGAAGGUACAUCAGAGAACACACACAGGAGAGAAAUCUUGUAUAGCUGUGAUCAAUGUGUGAUGAGAUGUGUUACAUCUAGCAGUCUGACUAUACACCAGCGGACACACGAGAGAACCUUUGUCGUCGCUGUAAUCAAUGUGGGAAGAGUUUUACUCAGCCAAACAUCCUGAUAUCACACCAGAGAACACACACAGGAGAGACACCUCCUAGCUGUGAACGAUAUGGAAAGAGAUACGCUGGUAAAAUACAUAUAUGAGGGAGUUGUUUCAUGAUAUCAUUACGAUAAUGUCACAGUGUAGAAUGUUUUUAACAUUGUAGUAGGAGUAUUUUAAUGAUGUCACAAUGUAGAAUGUUUUUAACAUUGUAGGAGUAUUUUAAUGAUGUCACAAUGUAGAAUGUUUUUAACAUUGUAGUAAGAGUAUUUUAAUGAUGUCACAAUGUAGAACUCUAAACCUUUUGCCCCCUGUUCUAUUGAUUUCAGCGUGAUAUGGAUAUUAGCCUCAUCAGGGGAAAAAUUAAGGGUCUGAAAUGAAAGAGUUAAUAUUUAUGUGAUUAACAAAAAGUGUUGCGUUACACUUACCUUGUUGGCGACCCACUUGAAUCAAAAUGCAACACUUCAAAAUGUAGCUAGCUAUUUUCUACAAAUUGACCUCUAAACAGUGAUGUACACAUUAUUCCCAUAUUCCGUGUGGUGUUUGAGUUGUUAGUUUUAACAGGACGUGAAACCUCAUCUCCCCCCUCUCGCGCAAUUGAUUUCAACGUGAUAUCGUUAUGAGUGAUGACAAAAACGUGUUGCGUUUCUCUUCGUUCUGAGGACCCCUAAAUUUAAAUGCAUCACUCCAAAAUGUAGCUGCCUGUCUUCUGCAGGUUGUCCUCUAACCAGUGAGGUAAAAGAUAUCUCCCAUUUCCAUGUGUUUUUAGUUGUGUUAGUUUCAACAGCACGUACAACCUGAUUUCCCCCCUAUCAGGGAUUUAUUGUUACAACAGUGUUGUUGGUGUUUGUGCAGUUUUAUAAGAUGCUUGUUUUAAAAAAUACAAGUAAUAUGAUUACUGUUGUGUUUGUGUCGAUAGUACAUUAAUGUGUUUAUGUUUUCAAUAUAUCACAAACUGCUUCUUCAUAUUGGUUAUUGAUUUGGACUCGUUAAAACUGUGUUUUGACAUUGGGCUCCUCCCACAUAGCAACAUGUUGUUGAAAAGAAGACUGCCCUGACAUCCAAUCUACCUUGUUGUUUUUAAAAAAGUUUAAAGUCGUAUUUUUUCAACAUUGAAAUGUUUUAUUAUUCCAUGCCUCACCAUUAAGUGAAUUACUGCCGAUACAUAUUAAAAGGGGUGUACAUUCUGUUUUGAUAUUUCAUCAUAUUUACAAUUCAUGUAACAUUUUAGUAAUCAUAAUUAUUUAUGCAACCAACUGACAAUUUUUUUGGUUCAAUUAAAUUGUUUUACUAACAAUGUAGUAAAACAAGCUUAUAUUUGUGGUUGGAUAUUACAUCCUAUUCUUACUAUUUUAAUCAAUGUCAUUUCCUUAGAAUGCACACUAGUCUUUCAGUGUUUGUUAUUGAUGAGUUUUUAUCCUCUUGUUUUUGUUGUGUAGUAAAUAUUUAGUGUAGUUCUUAUCGUUUGUAUUAGUUUUCCUCCUGUGAAGCAGAGCAUUGCGUUGCAUCCAUGUCUGAAAUGUGCUUUAUAAAUAAAGCUUGAUUUGAUUUGAA